AUGGAAUCCAUCUCGAUGAUGGGAAGCCCUAAGAGCCUUAGUGAUACUUUUCUGCCGAAUGGCAUAAAUAGCAUCAAAGAUGCAAGGAAGGUCACUGUAGGUGUCAUUGGAAGUGGGGAUUUUGCCAAAUCCCUGACCAUUCGGCUUAUUAGAUGUGGCUAUCAUGUGGUCAUAGGAAGUAGGAAUCCUAAAUUCGCUUCUGAAUUUUUUCCUCACGUGGUAGAUGUCACUCACCAUGAAGAUGUGCUAACCAAAACAAACAUCAUAUUUGUGGCUAUACAUAGAGAACAUUACACCUCCCUGUGGGACCUGAGACAUCUGCUCGUCGGUAAAAUCCUGAUUGAUGUGAGCAAUAACAUGAGGAUAAACCAAUACCCAGAGUCCAAUGCUGAGUACUUGGCUUCCCUAUUCCCGGACUCACUGGUCGUCAAAGGAUUUAAUGUUAUCUCCGCCUGGGCUCUUCAGUUAGGGCCUAAGGAUGCCAGCCGGCAGGUUUAUAUUUGCAGCAACAAUAUUCAAGCCCGACAACAGGUCGUUGAACUUGCCCGGCAGUUGAAUUUUACUCCCGUCGACGUGGGAUCAUUAUCCUCAGCCAGAGAGAUUGAAAAUUUACCCUUGCAGCUCUUUACCCUCUGGAGAGGGCCGGUCGUGGUAGCCAUAAGCCUGGCCAUUUUCUUCUUCCUUUAUUCCUUUGUCAGGGAUGUGAUACAUCCCUAUGCUAGAAACCAGCAGAGUGACUUCUACAAGAUUCCCAUUGAGAUUGUGAAUAAAACCUUGCCCGUAGUUGCCAUCACUUUGCUGUCCCUGGUAUACCUGGCAGGUCUCCUGGCCGCUGCUUACCAACUUUAUUACGGCACCAAGUACCGGAGAUUCCCACCUUGGCUGGAGACCUGGUUGCAGUGUAGGAAACAACUUGGAUUACUAAGCUUUUUCUUCGCUUCGGUCCACGUUGCCUAUAGCCUCUGCUUGCCGAUGAGAAGAUCCGAGAGGUACUUGUUUCUCAACAUGGCUUACCAGCAGGUUCAUGCAGACAUUAAAAACUCCUGGAAUGAGGAGGAAGUUUGGAGAAUUGAAAUGUAUAUCUCCUUUGGCAUCAUGAGCCUGGGCUUACUGUCCCUCCUGGCAGUCACCUCCAUCCCUUCCGUGAGCAACGCCUUAAACUGGAGGGAAUUCAGUUUUAUUCAGUCUACUCUUGGCUACGUCGCUCUGCUCAUAAGCACUUUCCAUGUUUUAAUUUAUGGAUGGAAACGAGCUUUUGAAGGAGAGUACUACAGGUUUUACACACCACCGAACUUUGUUCUCGCUCUUGUUUUGCCAUCCAUCGUAAUUCUGGGUAAGAGCAUCUUACUUCUUCCAUGUAUAAGCCAAAAGCUGAAGAGAAUUAAAAAAGGCUGGGAAAAGAGCCAGUUUCUGGAAGAAGGUGUUGGAGGAGCAGUUCCUCAUUUGUCACCAGAAAGGGUCACAGUCAUGUGA